UCGUGCAACCGAAUGAAAAAGUGAAUCUUUGUUCUCCGAACGGAAACCCUUCCCUCGUCGUUUCGGGUGCGAGAUCAGAUCAUGGCAUCGUUAGGGUCUCUGAAAUCGACGAUAUUCGACAGAGAAGAGAGAAAACAGCAGUACCAGGCGCAUAUUCGAGGCCUCAAUGCAUACGACCGCCACAAAAAAUUCAUCAACGAUUAUGUUAGUUUCUAUGGGAAAGAAAAGCCGUCAAACGUAAGGUUACCUAUUAAAACCGAUCAAGAUACGCUUAGAGAAGGAUACAGAUUCAUACGGUCGGAGGAAGAUGAUAUGGACCCAUCAUGGGAACAAAGGCUGGUGAAGCGUUAUUAUGAUAAACUUUUUAAGGAAUACUGCAUUGCUGAUAUGUCACAGUAUAAAAGCGGUAAGAUUGGCCUCAGGUGGAGGACAGAGAAGGAAGUCAUAUCUGGCAAGGGCCAGUUCAUAUGUGGUAAUAAGCAUUGCGAUGAGAAAGAUGGAUUAGCAAGCUACGAGGUGAACUUUUGUUACUUUGAAGCUGGAGAAAAUAAACAAGCCCUAGUUAAAUUGGUAACAUGUGAGAGGUGUGCACGGAAACUUAACUACAAGAGGCAGAAAGAGAAGGAGCAACUAGAAAAAAGACAGCAAGAACAGGACAGAAGAAAGAGGAAUCGUUCAAAGAGUGAUGAUGAUCUAGAUGAGUUUCAAGAAAGCAAAGAGAGAAGACAGAAAGGGAAAAGAGCUACGAUUUCUCCCAGUGAUCAUAAAAUUGAUGAUGAUGACAACAUCGAUGAAUAUCUUGAGGGGAUGUUUCCCUGAUCCUAGCCUGAUUAAUUGCCAUACCUGAAAUGUGUUAUCAUGACACCAAAGUUCACGAUAGAAAAUGUUAGGCAGUGGUGGGGGUUGGGGCAAGCAAGAGAACAUGCAGGUUGGUGCCUAAAAUACAGGAACUUUGGUCACCAUGAAUGCUGUGGGCAAAAUUGUUUUUGUAUACCUGCUGAACCCCUCAGAAUUUUCUGCAUAUUAUAAUUGUAUAAUAUGUCAGGCGAGUUUGUUUUCUUACAGCUUUCAUUGUAUAGUUUCUCCUUUUGAUGUCUAUUAUGGGAAUUGCAAAGCUGAAAGAUUGCUUGAUGGCUCCUCUGCUCAUUCUAACACAAGUACUGCAAUUGUCCCUAUCAGGCGCGUACCAUAUUCUUAGGUUUUUUAGGUGACCAAAACUGCUAUCUAAGCUAUAUUGAAACAGGCAAACAGGUAUUGGGAUACAAUUGCAUUAUAAAUCAACGCAUUGGUGCUACUUCUGUGCGACAUGCGUCGGGUAACAUGAUAUUCAUAUCCUAUAUUGAACACUAUGGGUGUGACUUGUGAGGCAAUGGUCGAACCAGAAAUAUAUGUUAAAUUGUUCUUAAAUACUCAUGUUCUUGUCACUUUAGUGUGCGUUUGGUGGGGUAGGAUAACUAGAUAUGAUAUGACAUUGUAAUGAUAUAGUGUUGUAAUAUGUUGUUUGUUGCAGUUGUAAAAAAAAUACUUAUUUUCUAAGAUCUUGUUAAAAAUGGUGUUUGACCAAA